GAGUGUUGAGGCGCAGCUGCCAUGACAGAGAACAAGGAGUAUUGCAGUGCUUUCCUGACGGUUCCCCAUUAAUGUCCUGGUUUGAGGGACUACAUUUUUGCAGGGACCCAAAGAGCUCUUGAGCAUUAUUGGCUUCAAGUUCUGCAAGAGCUGUAGACCGGCCGCCGGCUCAAACUCCGCCACAGGCACAACAACAAAAUAUCAGAUACGCGUGGGCACUGCUCUCGCGUCAUGUGACCCGAUGUCGCCUCGUUCUCCGAGGGUAGAAGGCGAAUGGCAGCGGGUUUGGCAAGCGUUUCUCCCCGGCUAUACGCGAUUCACUGGCGGGGCGGGACAAGACUAGGGGCCUGUAGGAAGCGGCGGCUGUUUCCUGUCCUUAAUGGAGUAGUCGCCAUAAUGAGCAGAGGAAUACUGUGCACCGCAUCCCCGGCCCGGGGCACUGGCUUCCACACACUAACUUUAGAUAACCUAGCGCUGCGCUCGCUGCCCGUGGAGCCGGGAGACGGCACUGAAGAGGAAGCAAGAACACCCCGGCAAGUACCGGGAGCCUGCUUCUCCAGAGUCCGGCCCAGCCCUCUGCUCAACCCCAAGCUAGUGGCACUGUCACGCUCGGCGCUUGCACUUCUUGGCCUACGGGUCGGGGAGGAGGAUGAGAAGGAGGCGGCCGAGUACUUCAGCGGGAACCGGUUACUGCCAGGCUCGGAACCCGCCGCCCAUUGCUACUGCGGACACCAGUUCGGCAACUUCGCCGGGCAGCUCGGAGACGGCGCAGCCAUGUACCUGGGGGAAGUGGUGAAUGGAGCCGGGGAGAGAUGGGAGAUACAGAUCAAGGGAGCCGGUCUUACUCCCUAUUCCAGGCAAGCUGAUGGGCGAAAAGUGCUGAGAUCCAGCAUAAGGGAGUUUCUUUGCAGUGAAGCCAUGUUUCACCUUGGGAUACAAAGCACACGAGCUGGUUCCUGUGUGACUACAGAUUCCACUGUUAUCAGAGACAUUUACUAUGAUGGAAACCCUAUGAAGGAGAAAUGCACAGUAGUUUCACGCAUUGCACCCACAUUUUUGAGGUUUGGAUCUUUUGAAAUAUUCAAGCCAACUGAUGAGUUUACUGGGCGCAAUGGUCCAAGUGUUGACAGAAAUGACAUUCGGAUCCAGAUGCUUGAUUAUGUGAUCCGUACUUUCUAUCCAGACAUACAGGAGAAACAUGCAUGCAACAGUACUGACAGGAAUGCUGCCUUCUUCAAAGAAAUAACAAAAAGGACUGCUAGGCUGGUUGCAGAAUGGCAGUGUGUUGGAUUUUGCCAUGGAGUCCUUAAUACUGAUAACAUGAGCAUUGUUGGGCUUACAAUUGAUUAUGGACCUUUUGGAUUCAUAGAUAGGUAUGACCCAGAGCAUAUUUGCAAUGGUUCUGAUAACAUGGGACGCUAUGCCUACAAUAAGCAACCAGAAAUUUGUAAAUGGAAUUUGGGGAAGUUGGCCGAAGCUCUUGUUCCAGAGUUGCCGAUAGAUAUAAGUCAGAGUAUUCUUGAUGAGGAGUAUGACGCAGAGUUCCGAAAGCACUACAUGCAAAAGAUGAGGAAGAAGCUUGGUUUAAUACGAUUGGAACUUGAUGAUGACAGUCAGCUAGUAUCAGAUUUAUUAGAAACCAUGAACAUCACAGGCUCAGAUUUUACAAAUUCAUUCCGUGUGCUCAGCAAAUUCUCUGGAGACGAAGCAGACAUACAGGAUUUCUUGAACAUAAUGGUUGAACAGUGCGCUUCCGUAGAAGAAUUAAAAGUUGUUUUCAGACCCAAAAUGGAUCCACGGCAACUCUCAAUGAUGCUAAUGCUAGCACAGAGCAACCCUCAGCUAUUUUCACUGAUUGGAACUCAAGCCAACAUUAACAAUGAGCUAGAAAGAAUAGAACGAUAUACUAAACUUCAGGAAACUAGCCCAGAUGAUCUUCUCAAAGACAACAAGAAACAUUGGAUAGAAUGGCUUCAUAAAUACAGUGUUCGGUUGGAGAAAGAAAGAGGUAAUGCUGAAGAUAGGAAAGGAUUCCAUGAUGAGCGUGUGAAAACCAUGGAUUCAAAUAAUCCAGCAUACAUCCUGAGAAACUACAUCGCUCAAAACGCCAUAGAUGCUGCUGAAAAUGGAGAAUUCACUGAGGUGAAACGUGUGUUGCAGAUGCUGGAGAAUCCAUACCAGGAAGGAGAAAGCUACCAAAGCAUUCGUGAGGAGUCAUCUGAGGAGGAUGUGGCUGCUGCCUCCAGUGUGUCCCAGCCAUCCAGGCUUCCUUAUAACAGCAAGCCUCCACUUUGGGCUACAAAGCUGUGUGUAACCUGAUCUUCAUAAGAGCCUUCUUGAUCCUUAGCAGCUGAAGAACAUGAAUAUGUACCUCAGCAGUUAGACCAACAAGGCCAUACAUAGCAUGCAUGGACUGGUUACUCAAACAUGACAUUUGGAUUUAUAUAUAUUAUGCAUUCAGUAACACAAAAACAUACCAGGGCUCUUAUCCUGAAAUUUCAACAGUAGUUCCUAACAGCCCUUGUAGCCUAUGCCACAGGCACAAAGCAGAGAUGAUUCCAGCUACUUCUAGCAUACACACUGCUGAGUUGCUUCUAAAAGGAAAAAAAUGGUUUAAUGAAUAACAUUUAUAACCCAUUAAUAUCUCGAACUACAAAUAGUUGUCCUUUUGCGAAAAACACAAUUAUUAUAAAUCCACUACAACUUGGGCAGUACAGUUCCCCUUUAAAUAAACAGGUACAAGUGGCUGCUGCUUUGCUGUACAUCAGACACUGAUAACCUGGACAUAUUUCUUUUUCAAUGAGAAUGCAUAGAGAUGUACUAUCAUCCAAAUGUUUGUUUUACAUGAAGGCAAAAGUAUAAAUUCAGAAAUCUGAAAUAUUUUGGCCUGAUGAUAACCUAAUUCCAUGCAGUUACUGGGAUUCUAGUUGCAGUUGUAAUAUGUAAAUAUAGGUGUUGGUUUUGCAUGCUUGUUUAUUUAAAGUUUAAUAUUAGUCACUGAUUCAAAACUCCACUUUAAUGCAGAAUGGAUUGGUGUUAAAAUCACAGAUGUCACAUUGCAGAAGAUUGGGCAACCUGUGGAACUUCAGCUGUUGCUCUACUACAGAUCUGGUCAGGCUCACAAGUUUUGCUGCAAUCUCCGCAAGCAAUUCUGUACAGACUUCACUUUCUGCUUGAAAGUUUAUUAUCAUGCUAAAUCAGUAAAGAACUUUCCCAAAUAUGUUAUUACUUUGUGCUUUUACCGCAACAAGGUUGCUAGCCUAAACCAUGAAACAUAGCCCACAUGACCCAUCAAGCUUAACCACUGCCAUUACACAGCUUAUUGCUUAUGGUGAUAGAAGUUUUGUGGACCAUAUUCAGUGAAUAUUUGCUUCCAGAAUUAUUUAGGAACCGAGCAAUGAUUGUUCUGGCUUCCAGCUCUCACAGAAUAGGGUCAUAUCUGGUUUCCUGUUUUGCCAGAUACCAGCAUCUAUGUGGUGAAGAAUGUAUUUGUAGUUUCAUAAAACCUAGCGUGGCAUCUAUCACCUUCCAGCAAGAAAUAAACUUCAACAUUGUGGUGAACAAAUAGAGCUCUGCCAAAAUCCAAAGAAAACAGCAGUCUUUGAAAUAUAUAAAUAUUGUUUUGUCAUUAUAUAUUAUCUAAACAGUGUAUCCAUAAUGAA